CGUCAAUGCUUCCUAAAUGUAAAUGCACUGUGGAAUUUCGGGGAACUGCACUGCCGACAUCAGCAAAUUACGCCGUGGUGCGCGGGGAGUGUGGCAUCGACCCCUGACGGACACGUGGCUCGUGUAGCGAGACAAAUCGACAAAACCGCACACGAUGAAGUGCUUUUCCCUGGCACCCCCAAACCUGUUCGUACUAAAACCAUGACAGAUAAUUCGUUAGAUGGAUGCGAUGGGGCCUCUUCCGAGUCACCUCUUUCAAAAGGAUGGAGAGACUUGGCUCCUCUUUCACAGGACCCGUCUUUCCAGGUUCUGCUAGCGUCGUGCGGAGAGCGGAUGAUUCGAGGGUAUAAUCUGAUUUCAAGAACCAGGGAAUCCGAUAGAGAAACAAUUGACAAAGUAAGGGAGACAGUGCUGAGUUCGGCCUUUGCGGACGCAACGAGACGCGUGGCAGUAGCUUGCGUGUGUCCGGUGCGGCGCCGAGCUUUUAGUGAGCUUUUCCGCCGGUCCGCUGAAGAGGAAAGUGGUGCUUCUUCCUCUCUUGUGUCUCCUCUCAGGUGGUGUGAGCGUGUUCUGUGUUUUGUCCUGUCGAAACAUACGGCCUCACUCAACUCCAGUUAUUUGUGUGCGUACUCCAAAGUUUCUCAGGACCUGCAGUGGCCAGAAACAGUGACAAUUGCUCGUCGAGUCAUUUGCAAUGAGGAACAAGGCGCAAGUGACGACGUGAAGCAGUGCUUCAGUGCAUGCGUACUGCUUCUCUAUACACUUACAAGUCGUCCUGGCCAUCCUGAUGUAGCCUCGUGGAUGCGUGCUUUCCUCAGCACGCCACCUGGUCGGGAUGUUUACUGUUUCAUCGGAGCGGCAAUUUCAGGUUUUGUCGCAGACGUCAACGGGCAGAAGGGCCUGUCACCGCAGGAGGUGUCGAAAACGUCGAGAGACGAUGCCGGGGCUGUGGCACGUCUUCGGGAAGCUCGGGCUCGCAAGACCUUCCUCCGGUUGGUUGCGGUGUUUGACAAUCUUUCGCAUUCUGAUGUUUUGAUCUCCAGAGCUCGUAGCCACCAAGGUCUCCGCACGGUACGGAAGGCAGUGGUGAGCGUUGCUUCGAGACUCCUCGUCCACGCAGCAGCGAUCCCUGUCGGCAUUUCGAUCCGCCUUUGGAGCAUAUUUUCUGUCUAUGCCACGCGUGAUCCGCAAGACGGGGCGAGUCCCAGGCGAGAGAAGGCGAACACCCCCCACUGCCGGCAUUACGGCAAAAAAAACAGUCAAAAUCUUCUGUCUCUUACAUCGGCGUCGGUGCGCUCUCAGCGGCACGAUGUCCUGGAACUUCGGGCCGCGGUUGACUGCUUCCGCGAUGCCCUGAGAAGCGAAGAAUUCCUUCGUCACCUUCGAACAGAACUGCUGCCCAGUGGUCUAGAUUUGCUAGGUACUUGUAUUUCGACUGCUGCAGAGCUACAGAAAGAAGGGGACGACAUGGCACUCUCGGUUGUUGCCGAGCUCUUGGCUUACCUCGUUCUUUCCUCAGCCGCACUACGUCGGCACGCGGUUGCACAGCUGAAUCAGUGUCCGACCAGUGUGUUCAGUAACGAAAAUCAUGGCGAUGAAUCAUCAGCCGAUCUGGAGACCUCAGAAAAGCGCUCGAAACAGCUUUGUAAACUGUCCUCUGCUGCAGUGCACUUCCCGUCUCUUCUUCGAGCGUGCACGUCUUCGUACAGCGAGACAUGCAUUUUCGUGGGAGCCUUCCUAGAAACCUGUUUCGUCUCCAGUCAGCAGCAAGGGAACAAACGAGACGCAGGUCUUGGAAUUCACCUGCCGGACGAGAUCAAAGCUGAGGUCCUCCAAGCUCUUCAGAAAACGGUCGCAUCUCCUUGUGCAGUGCCGGCCGUAUCAAAUGACGCUGACACUGAGACGGAAAAGAAGGAUUCGAUCGAAGAAAGUCUUGCAGCCACACAGAGAAGAGCCGCGUGUCUCUCCCUACUCGCCGUUAUGGCGGAAUCUGCGAGUUUUGCUUCGGAAGUCCAGCAAAUGCUCCUCGACCUCCUGGCUGACACGGCGAAGCAUGGCACGGCUGACGUCUCGUCGCUUGUUGCCGCCCUCAGCCUCGCUAUUGAUCUUUCCCGGUGCUCGUCUCGACUUCGCGAGUCUGCCCUCUGCAUUCUCCGACAAGACACACCGCCGGUGAUGGGCUUCCUCGCCCAGAGUGUCUUGUCGUCAACAAGUCUCCCGACUCAAAGGCGCCUGCUUCUGCUCGUCCACAAAAUGCUGACGGAAGUCCUGCGUCAACAACGGCACUGUUCUGCUACCUCUCGGGUGCCUAUCUCGGCUUUGUUUCUUCUCGAAAAUCGUCAGAAACAAGAGCUCGCAUUGCGCGCGGAAGCGUCGCCGUCCAUCCCGUCAAAAACCUUUCUUGGGGAGUCGUCACCCCGCAUUGACGAGCUGAGGAGCCACGCAACUUCCAACAGAGUCUCCCCUGCUACGACGCCUCCGCGAGAAGCCCCUAAUGACGUGUGGCUAUCUUUCAAGGACGGACAACACUUUGUGGAAGCAGACGAGGCUAAAUCCCUUUGCUUGGGUUUCGACUGCGACUCGAUUCUCCACGGUGACGAAUUUCCUUUCCACACAAGGCUGCUUCCCAUCCAACCUUGCGAAAGCGAACAAGAGAACGUGGACCUCGAAGCCUACGCAGGCGAACUCGCUCGUGUUGCGCGGCUCCAGCACGAGCAACAGCAACUUCUACAAGACGCCGCAACUGCAUCACGGAAUCGAGAAGAAGAGGCGAAACAACUCAUGAAGAUUACGGUCGCAGACCUCGAGCACGAGAAACGGAAGGCUGAGCAAAAGGCCGAAACACGUCAGCAGGAGUUGCAGCGGCUCCAAAAAUCUUAUGCAGCUGAACUAACGAGAGUGCGGGACGAGUAUGAGACUCAGACGGGCCAGCUCCGCGCCAUGGUGAACGAGUUGCAGCUCUUGCUGGAGAGCAAAGAGGAGAAAUUGAAGAAGGCCCACGAUGCACUCGUCACUAGCAAACAGCAGCAGUUGAGUAACGACGGAGAAUGCAGUAAAUUACAGAGGCAGCUUCAAACCCUGACAACCCUGAACAAAAAGCAGAAGGACGACUUGAGUUCUGUGGAGGCCCAGUGUGGAUCUCUCCGCGAAGCCAAUGAUGCAGCUGUGAAAACGCUCAACGAAGUCUCCUCGAAGGCGAAAAAACUCGAGAGGCAGUGCACUUUGCUCCACGCGGAGAAGAAAGACCUGAUUGAAGAGCAAGAGAGGCUGUUCAAACAACUCAUUCUUCUCCUUGACCACGAGCAGCAACUGACAGCAGAGCAGCGGCGCCUUCGCGAGAACGUGAAGGAGAAUUUGGAAGCCGUUAACCGGGCCGAGAAGCUGCAACAAGAACUCGACCACUUGCGACGCGAGAAAGAGAACACUGGCAAGGAGGCAGGUCAGAUGGCCUCGCGAACUGCCACGUUGCAGACGGAGGUUGCGGCCCUGAAAGCAGACCUCAACAAGGAGACGGAAAAGCGACGAGCCGCAGAAGAAGCAGCCAACACUGCAAGCGAGAAGACACAGAAUGUCAGCGAAGAAUUGGAACGCAUGAAGAAGAAACUAAAAUCCCAGGCAUAUGUGACAGAAGAUCUCGAGAAGCGACUCAGGGAAAAAGAGGAGCAGCUUUCCAAAAUCCAGAGUAUCUUUUGCAUGAAGACUUAGCCUAGAAACAAAAUGCCACCAAUCUGAAGGAGACCAGAAAUAGACCCAUUAAACAAACUUGAGUGACCAAGCCUCUGAAUUAUAUCUCUCUGGGGCAUGCAGAAAUUCGUAAAUCACUGUAAGAGAGGUGGAUUUUUGUGGCAAUCACAUCAAUGUCCCGACGCAUUUCCUGGCCUUGAGACGGCGCUUAAACGGCGAAGACAGAUUCCGUGUGUCGACGAAAAGUCCCUUUCCCGACAAGAAAGUGAUAUUCAAUCAUCCUGUUGCUGCAGCUUCAACUCUGAAGCGUCGUCCUUUCCGUUUUAGGAAGAUCGACAGAGGAAUACACACGAAAGGGCAUCUGUCGUACGGAUGAGCAGCGAUUACUCUUUUCGGCUUGUGUAACGCUGUCGGAUAAACCGAGGUUUCUUCCAGUGAUUCAGAAAUGAAGACUUUUUAUUCGCUUCUCGGAUUUCGAGAGGCAUGCAGCUGCGGGUGUGCGUGACGACUGUGGAUACGACACCACACAUUUGUGUCAUGUCUACAUCACAGUAAGGUAGCACAAAUCGAAACAGGUCGAGCACGUGUCAUUAGAGAAACUCUUUUCGUGUCUCGUGCAACGAAACGAAUUGCAUUGGGGGAGUCUCCCGGUUUUGUGGAUGAACCGCAGAGCUGUUUGCUGCCGUUUCCACGCCCGACAGACGACAGCAACUUUAUUAGGCGGCAGUUCCGCUCGUAACGCGCUUUUCGGGCUUGAACCGAGUCUGACCAAAUUCUGAGUUUUGCGGACGCCCUAAACGCGGUCACCGC